GCUGCACCAUUCGAUGCCGUGCGACUGCUUCCGUGUGAUAGUCACGAGCCUGCCAAGUGAACAAGGGCACGGCUCAGACUGCACGUGUUGGAAGGUCAUGGCCAGAGUUGUGCGUGUGUAUAACAUCGCUAUAAGAGCAAAUUAUCAGAUGUUCGUUAAGGAGAAACAACGAUUUGUGAUCGGUGAUGACUUGGUGAUCAAGCCUGCGUCAACAGUCAGCACGCUGUCGAUGCUUCAGAAGGUCACUUCUGAUAGGAUCGGUCAUGAAUUUGAGGAGGUCGAAGUGUGCGUCGGCUUGGCAGAGGUGGCAUCUAUGCUGAAGGCCUCUAUUUCUUCCAAAACAGUAUUCACCAAGGCCUUCCUGUCCAAGGAAUCAGACCCGCCGGCUCCUCAUGUCACUAAUAACCAAAUCAAUGUUGAUCCCAAGAUUCAGCAUCAGUGCGACAGAGAUCCUGAUUCUUCACCACAUUUCAACAUCAAGAUCUUCUAUGACAGGCACAGAAAGAGGGUCAUGUAUGCUGAAUGCAAACAUGAUUUCGUGGACCUGAUCCUCAGCUUCUUGACUUACCCCGUGGGCUCUCUGUUCAAGAACCUGGGUGGAACCUCCCAUCUCGGAAGCAGCUUGGACAAUUUGUACAGCAGUGCAGUUGAUCUCAAUGUUCUGAACACCACUUUGGAGCGAACCAUCCCAGAAUGGUUCAACUUAGGUCGACUUCCAUGUUCCCGGUGUUCCGAAGAUAACAUCGUAAAAGGAUGUGACUUAUGUGAUCCGCAGUUCAGCAGAGAUGCCACCUAUGUCGUCGAUGAUGAUUUACUCAUCUAUCAGGCUUCAGCGAUACUGGUGAUGAAGCAUCGGUGUAAGGUGGACAAGGAAAAGGUUUUGGAGAUGGACGUUGCAAUCAGUAAACUAGAGGUAAAAGUCCACAAGUAUAUAUUCAUGUGCUAUUCCCACCCUAAUUAACUAUAUGUAUCCACCUGGAAGUUUUAUCAAUGAUUGUUUGGAUCAAUCUUUUGCAGACUGUUGAUCUGCUAAAAGCAACCUUGACUUCGUGUUGACAGCUAAAAUUGGCACCAACCGGUCUGACCGAAUGGUCUGACCGAUCGAGGCACUGUGGCCUGUCCGGCAGGGACUGACCGGUCUGAUCGGUAGGUCCGACCGGUCUGACCGGUCCAGGUAGAAUCCGAGUACAAUUAGGGUUUUUCAUAGAUUUAGAUCUGUAAACAAGAUUUCUUGCGGGAUAAGUCCACCCCACCCUAUAAAUAUAAAGGGUCACGGCCGAUUAGAAAAUCCAAUCGAUCAAAACACAUCAAUACAUUACUUUUCUUUAUGUUUAUUGUUUCUAUUUUUAUCUCCGAACCCUAGCUCCUUCCAAUCCUUUUCUGUUGUUCUUCCUUCG